AUGGCCAACACUAUCGCAUAUCUAUUCAUCUACUAUUGGACUCAAGAGCGAGGCCUUGAAAUAUCGUAUAGCAGCAGCCCAUCAGAAGCCAUGUCAUGGGUGAUGUUGAUACUGAACAUGAUUUCCUCCGUUGCACUAGAUGGUGAUUCAUGCUCGGAGAUUGCGACGGCCAACAAUGCGUCUGAGACUUCUAUAGAAACAGGAACAAAGCUCAACCCCUUCGCCAAGCCGAGACCCAUUGCACAGACUCUAGGCCCAGUCAGAGACUAUCUCGAUGGCCACUUGCACGUAAAGAGUUGA